ACUCAAUCGAAACGGCGGGUCGCCCUUAGCUAUUCGAGGCCUUCGGGGACAGACCGAUGAUACAAUGUUAAUCAUCCACACGCGACAGUAGGUUUUAGCGCGUUCAAAGCUCAAGGAUGUUCUUGAGUGCUCUUCGACCCGCUGCGUAGAACAAGCAUAACAAAUCGAUAUUUCUUUUGAAAUAGCCCGUUUACUUUAACACUUACUGCAACUGAGUCACUUUUCACAUCUAUUUCUUUCCCCAAAUACUCCUCGACAGCUCAAUUUAAGCCGCAAUCAGAAUAUCAGAGCAGGCCGGCUUGUUCUGGCAUCCCAAUAGAUCAAGUACUAAGUUGCCUAAAGACUCAGAGGAAAUACUCUCAGGAACAAACUCGCCUUCGAAAUCACGCCGCAAGCACCACCAUUGUUGUAACGUCAUGACGGGAGCAUCAUUUGGACAUGAACUAUCCCCAGAGUAUCUUGCGGAGGACAAAGGCUACGUUCUGGUGACGAUAUCUGCUCUCUUCAUCGUGGUCGAUUGCAUCGUCGUUACUCUUCGAAUCUACGCUCAAAGACUGAACCGAAUGCCGAUCGGCCUAGACGAUAUCUUGAUACCCUGUGCGUGGCUGGUACAUAUUGGAUUGUGUAUACUUGGCAUAGUCAUGGUACAUGAAGCUGGAGUUGGCAGACACCUGGCCUUCGUCAUGCAGACAAAUCCAAAAGAUAUCGUUUCAUGGGUUAAAUCCAUCUACUCACUCGAGUGGCUAUAUCUGCCCUCAGUCGCAGUUCCGAAAGUAUCGAUCCUGCUGCUAUAUCUCCGACUCUUUACCGGCCGCGUGGAGCGGAUCACAACGCAUGUCUUGAUUUAUAUCGUAAUUGCCAAUUGGAUUGCCUAUCUUUUGGCCUCAUCUUUUCAAUGCCUCCCGUUCGAGUAUCAAUGGAAUAAGACCAUUAAGGGAGGAAAGUGCUUCAACAUACCGAUGUUUUACAAAACCGUCAGCGCACCGAACAUUGCCACUGAUUUAGUUAUCCUUCUUCUUCCAAUACGUAUGAUUGUGGAUCUCAAAGUCUCUACGCCAAGGAAGAUUGGACUGUCUGUAAUUUUCCUGAGUGGCAGCGUAGGCAUUAUAGCAUCCUGCUUCCGUAUGGCUGCAUUUUUUCAGACCGAAGCAUUUGUUGACAAUACGUAUGCUUCGGUGAAGCUUGUCGGUUGGUCCAUCAUUGAACCAGGGAUGUAUCUAGUCGCCGCGUGCUCACUGAAGUUUCGUCCUGUGUUUGUUGCGCUUGCAAAAGUCCUUCGAAUACGCAAUGUAUACGGCUCAGAUCCGUACAAUCGCUUCCAAGGAACCUCCAGUCACAGAGGAGUUCAACUGAAAGACAUGCCGCAUGACCAUUCAGGAUCUAGCAAAAUCAAUUUAGGCCUAGAGGAUGUUUCUUCAACAACAGAUAUUUUCGUGUCGAAUAGCAAUAGCCACUGUGUGUAG